AUGGAUUAGGAGUAGUUAUCACCUGAGAUUGUUAAGAGAGUCAAAAAAGCCGCAAAUAUGUACACUCCUAUCAGCUAGACAACAAGAAAGAAGACUAUUGAUUUUUCAAAAGUGGGCUAAAAGAUCACACUUUCAGAUUCUUCUUGUCAUAGAUGCAAAACAAUGAUUCCAGUCAAUGAAGAAAAUAUAUGCAAAGGACCACUUAUUGAUAUAAACAUGAAGAAACCAGGAAGUCUAAAGAAGAAGAUAGAGCCUUGCUCAAAGAGAUUCUGUAAUGAAUGCCUUCAAAAGUAUAAUAAAGACUCAUGGACCUCAAUGAUUAAAAAUAUUGAAAUAUGGGUAUGUCCUUACUGUCUUGAGAUAUGCACAUGCGCUUAAUGCAACCGCAAGCGUACUAAAGAGGGUUAGAUUAAGAACUAAUUUUUGGCUUAGUUUGAUUAACCAGACAAGAACUAAAACAAGCGCCAAGAGAAAGUACAGUAGAAAUAACUUAAGCAUAUGAAAUCAAUGCCUGAAAUUAAGAGAGGCAAGAAGGCAAUGCAAAAUCUAACUCCACAGUAAGUAGAGGGUGUCAAAGAGACAAUUACAGACGAAGAAUGGUAGGCAUACAAUAAAAGCAGAGAGAAUUUCCUAAGCGAGGGUAUCAGCUAGUAGGAUGUGAUGAAUAUCAGAUAAGUAUUCGAAAACCUUAGAGAUGAGAACGAUCGACCAAAUGAAGUGAAACUCAGCAAGCUUCAAAAAUUCCCUUUCUUUAAUAAGACCGAUCUAUCCCGCUUCCCAAAGGAUAGCGAACGUAUUGCUAAUUAAAUGAGAGAUAGUGAUUAUAAGUAAGACUACAAUGAAGGUGUGUUUUCUGGAAGAAAUAUUCAAAAUUACUAGUAGCAGCAGGCUGAGGAUGCCAAUGAGUAAAAUCAGCAAAAUAAACACCAUAACAAUUAAUAGUACCAUCAAUAGCAAAAAGAGGAAUCAAAUGUUUCAUGCUUCCUAUGGCCACUUUUCGGAUAACAAUAGAGUUGA